UCUAAAGAAGAAUUCAAUAUAACACAUUCACUAAUGACGCUAAAUGUCGUGCCAACAUUCAGUUAAAAGUUCAUUCACUGUAACUGAACUGUCGUCAGACAUUUGACGAUGGAUGACCAGGGUGUUCAAAACGUUUGGGACGUGAUAUUUAUUUUGUCACUAUGUGUUAUGUGUUUUCUAUGUAUUGUCGGAAAUUUGAUGGUCAUCCUGACAGUUUUGUGGACUCCAAAUUUACGCUCCGGAAGUUCCUUGUUACUCUUAAAUUUGGGUGUGUGCGAUUUACUGAAUGGAACCAUCAGAAUCGUCAUGGUUACAGACAGCUUCCUACAUGGAGGGUGGCGGUUUACCCAGACAACCUGUUCCGUCACUGCCAUUAUGACGUGCCUGUUUUCUAUGGUUUCCAUAGUAACUAUUACAGCCAUAGCUCUUGACCGGUAUCUGUCCAUCAUUCACUGUCUGCGAUACACUUCCUGGGCACCGGUGAAGACUACAACGAGCGCCAUAGUCACCUCAUGGGUCAUUGGAAUAGCCAGUUCUAUCCCUAGUGUGUCGGGGGGCUGGGGUUCAGUAACAUAUGAUCCACAAAUGUAUUUAUGUUAUGUGACGUGGGACGCACGUUUGUCGUAUGCAAUAUUCCAGUUAGUGAUGACAUAUGUGGUGCCUAUCAUUAUAAUGUUGUAUUCCUAUCUAAGAAUCAUUGCUGUUGCGAGAUCUCACGCCAAAAAAAUUACUGAUUUGAAACCUCAUGUGAAUAGAACUUCCGGUGGAACGACAGUGCCUCCCAAUGGAAUUGUGGCCUUUGCUGUUGUCGAUCCUGUGCGCCGACUUCCGGUCAUGGGUUUUCCAGGUGCCUCCAAUAAAUCAAUAAUCGAUUUUGAGUUAAGCAGUUUUACUGGCAAUGCCCAUACUAGUUCAUCAUCAGGAAAGAGAAACUGCAAGCAAAAGGCUAUGCUGUGUCUUCUAGGACAUAUAUUGGCAUUUAUAAUUUGUUGGACUCCAUUCGUCGUUAAAGAAUUCAAAUUUCUCAGCCAAAACGAAAGCAGCGUUACAUUUUCCUCGAUUUCUUUUCUAAUCACAUCAUGGUUCCUCUGUUUGCAUUCUUCGUGGAAUCCUUUUAUAUAUGCUAUUAUGAGUGGUAGGUUCCGGAAGUGUGCUCUUAAACUGGUGAGAAGAAAGAAAACUACAGUAGCAUGUGUGAGAGAUAUGAAUAAGUCAAGGAUAAUCAGUACAAUUAGCCAUCGACGCCCACAUGUAACAGUGAUGAUAGAUCCAGCCAGGACAAAGUCCUUAAGGUCAGAAACAAGUCAACUCACUAUUUCUGACCAUCACAUCAAGUCUAAGUUACCGUUACCGCAACACGACCGUACAUGUCCUGAAACAAACGUUAGCCAUCACGCAGGAUAUCUGCAUAAAGGAAACAGGAUUAUCACCAAUAACAACCUUCCCGGUGUUCUGGAAAUUGUGCCUUCUGUUGAGUCUUUGGAAUCUCUGGAUGAAGGCGUUUUUCUUGACGACGAAACCGCAACAAAGAGAGACAGCAAGUAAACGGGAUUACCUGACACGUCACAAAAGACUUUCAUAAUGUACUGUCUUAGAAAUUAUUCAGUUUCCUUGCAAAGUAUAUAUUGUAUUUCUUUAAAAGCAUGAUAUUCGAAGUAAUACUGAAAAAAAAACCGCUUAGACAAUAAUGCAAUACUGAAAAUUAAAAAAUAAAUGUCUACAAUAA